AGUAACUGUAGUCAUCUAUAAUAAGGUAGUAGAAGGAAACCUCUUUUUGGUAUGUUUUAUGUUUUAUGGAAGAAAAACCGUGAAAAUAAUAAUUCGAUAAAAUAAUCAUUGAAAAUAUUGCAAAUUGCAUAGCGUGCAUUUUCUGUCGUGCCCCAUAUAUAAUUUUUGUGGAUUUUUCUCUAUAGUUUGGUGACUUUUUUAAUUCGAGUAAAACUGCCGAAACCAUUUUCGAGAUUCUGAAAAUUAUAGCAACUGUGGCAAGAUAAAAAAGUGGUUGGAAAAUCAGAAAAAUCCGUGUUUUUAUUUUCUACCGCCAAGAUUAUUGCAAGAUUCCAACCUAUUUAGACCCGUUUUAUCCAGAAAAGUUAUUGUCCUGUCGAAAGAACAAUCACGGUGACCUUCUUCGGAAUGAUGGCACUUAUGCGUUCUCUUUUCCUUUGACCGAGAGAAGUGUACAUAUUAUACGGGAAAAUAAAAUGAACUUUUGAACUUUCUAUGGGAACACCAAGUAAACAAUUCGAACUUGAUUGGUUUGAGAACGCGGGAAAUCGAAAACUAAUUAGAAGCAAAUUGCAUUGUAGCUUUGCAGAAGUACUUCAAAAGUUGAAAUGGAAAAGGGGUCUGUGUUCAUUUUUUCAAUCUACAAGAUGAUUCUAAUAAAAAAUAGUUAACCUUAUUGCUUUCAAAGCGGUUAGGUUGUUUCAAACUGAACUAUUUGCAGUGGAAAAUUAUGGGAAAGUUUAUUUUUUCAGCAAGCAUAGAAAGUAGUUUCUGACAAACUUUAGAGAUGUAAUUUUUUAAAACAAUUUGUUUAAUUGAAAAUAUGGAGCUACAAUACUAAUUUUUCGGAACUUAUAACCCAUAUUUUGAAAAUAAAUUAAAAGUUUCAUUCAUACUUUUUUUAAAAAUAUAACGUGAUAACAAUUUUUUUUGCUUAAAAGUAGGAUUUUCCUAACCCGGAGAAUUGAAAAAUAACUCACGUUUUAUUUGAAAAAUUAAUUUUUAAAAAUUUUGGCCAUAAGCCAUAACUAUUCUUUUUUGUUUAGUAUUCAAGAAGUCGAACAUUGUUUUUUUUUCGCUAAAUGUUUUGCUCCAGAUUGGGUUCAAAACACAGUUCAUUCCAGAUGAGCACAUCAUGUAUCACAAGUGAAAAUCACCGUUUUCGAAUCUCUGUGUGCUCAUUGCAUGCAAAUUCGUUCAUGUUUUCACAAUCCCGAUAGACAAAGUUGAACAUCACGUUGCAAAAAUCUCAAUGACAAAUUUUCUAUCAAUUGAAAAUAUUGUGUUUCCAGCCAUUUCCUAAUACAUUUGAUUGUAGUUGUAUUCUAUGUACAUUUCCAGUAACGUACUGCUAUACACAUUUCCCAUGCCAUUUCGAGCCGUUUCACCUGCUCGAAAACAUACAAUUUCUUGGACAGAAAACGGAGAGCGAAAAAAUCUAGAAACCCCAAGACUUAAUAACAGCCCACUGGUUUUCUCGUUUUGUCAGCUAACGCACCGGCCGUUUUCUCGCAAUCACCAUGGUUACCUUCCACUAGUUUGUGUGCUGAAAGACAACCUCUAGAACCGGUUAUCACUGAGAGAGAGAAAGCUAGUUAGCCGCGGUUUGCAAGAAUGUUUGAGAAAGUGAAAGAAGUCGCUCUUCCACAAGGUACAGUGUCUCCAUGGCCAUCAAAUCUGGCUGUUUGCUGGUUGGACACUAGAAAUAUUACCUACGUGGCAGUCAUCCAAUCUAAUAAUAUUCACAUCGGAAGUUGGGACAAUAAAGCUGAGACAGAAGUAACUUGGGAAACAAUCCAAACAUCUGAGCCAGUUUCCAUCACCGAGAAAAUCAUCGACGUCACUUCGGUCGGGCUAGUUCAUCCAAACGCAAGAAACUUUCCAAUAGUAAUCGUAGGGUCAACUCGAUUUAUUCAUGUUUACGACGCCAAGAAAGUUACCCAAAAACCAUUGUUCUCAAUUGCGUUGGGUGUGGCGUUGAGAGACUACGUCCCCGCGGUUGGGAAAGAUGUAGGACCGUAUUGUAGAGGUGUUACCUGUAACGAUAAUGCUGUAUUGGUUGGAACACAUACCGGCGAGAUUGUUGUCAUCAUGUGCAAUGGGGACUCCAACUUCUCUAGUCGUAAAAACCUCAAGGAACAUCGUUGUGCCAUCACGGACAUAGCCACGUGUCGUUACGAUGAAAUAACUGUCAGUGCCGAUUCGAACGGAGAACUGAUCAUAUGGCAAAAACCCGUAAAAGGGGUGAACUCGAGAGUUAUCACAAAGCAGCACAUCAACGUAAUAAAUGUGUUGAGAAAGCAGGUGAUCGUGGGAACUUUGAGAGGAAUUGUUCAGUAUUAUUCGGUAACUACGGGAGAUCUUAUGUGUGAGAUAAAUGCUCAUUCAAGACCAGUGAAUAGUGUUUCUGUCGCACCGGAAAGCGCAUAUGUCUUGACUUCUUCCGAGGAUGGCACUUUUAUCGUUUCGAAGCUUCACACAAGAAAACCACAUGCUUAUCAAGUUGAAUACCGUUUCUCUGACAGCGAUCCGUCCAACGUCAUCAUGGGAGCGCAAUUCACAAAUGGACGCGGGAGUGCAAUUGCAAUUGCCGCAUUUGAUAGCAACGUCUUGGUGAUGUACAAGAUUAUCAAGAAAACUGCUGUACCUGCUACAUAAUUAUAUUUUACUGUGUAUCUUCAAUUAAUAUAUCUGUAUUUGGCUUUUAAUAUGUUUAAUAACAAAAAAACAUUACACUCCAUGUAGUCUAUUUUGCUAGCAAGAUUUAUCUGUAAAACUAAGAUCUGAGUUGUCAAAGCAUUGCUUCGCAAGACUAAUAAUAUAAUAAUUAUAUAAUUUCUCAAAAAUGUAUUAUUCUUUUAAAUUCUGGCAUUCGAUUAUGAAUUCUCUGUGCAUUCUCUCUUUUUCCAUUUUGAAUGAAUUCCAUCAAUAUUAGUAAAUGAAUGAACUUGUUAUU